GCCCCUCCGCUCCAGACCCGGAGAUCAUGGUGGUGCUAAAGGGCGUUCCGGCGCUGCUGUCCCCUGAGCUGCUCUACGCCCUGGCGCGGAUGGGGCACGGCGACGAGAUCGUUUUCGCAGACGUGAACUUCCCCACCGCUUCCAUAUGCAGGUGUGGGCCGGAGGAGAUCCGAGCUGACGGCCUGGGCAUUCCACAGCUCCUGGAGGUUGUGCUGAAGCUGCUGCCACUGGACACCUACGUAGAGAGCCCGGCUGCUGUCAUGGAGCUGGUGCCCGGUGACAGGAAGAUCGGCCUUCAGACCCCGGUGUGGAAGAGCUACGAGUCCAUCCUCCUGGAGGCUGGCUGCGUGAGCACCCUGGCGAAGAUAGAGAGGUUUGAGUUUUAUGAGCGAGCCAAAAAGGCUUUUGCUGUUGUAGCAACUGGGGAGACGGCCCUUUAUGGAAACCUCAUCCUCAAGAAGGGGGUGUUGGCCCCCGAGGCACUGAUCUAGGCCUGGCGAAGACCCCUGGGCCCAGAGAGGAAUCUGCAUCUCUGGGCCAGACCACGGACAAACCGGCCCUGUCCUGCUCAGCCCAGACCGCCCCCAACUGGGGACCCCGGGGGGCCAGGCCAGUCUUUGGGGUGUAGGGGGAGGUGCUGCUGAGGGGGACUGGGACUCACCCAAUUUACGAUAAUGAUGUGGAGUGUGGUGACUCGUCUCUGAAGUCAGAGGUUUCAACAACAGCCCCGUCCUCA